UCUGAUGCACACACACACACACAGACACACACACACACACACAGAGGGAGGUAGAUAACUCUGUGAUUCCACUGCUGAAUUUUUAACGCUGUUGUGGAACUUUUUUUUUUUUUUUCCAGGCAGGUUACUGUAGCAGGGUACUGUUACAGCGACAGAGGCAGAGAGAGGAGACAAGGUUCACUUCUGUUCUGUUGUUUACUGAGGCUGAACAGAGACAGACACACAGACUGUUCAUGGGCUUCACGAACUUUGCUCGGAAAUCUGAAUCGUCCUGUCUCCGUCCUCAGGUCCAUCCCAUCCUAACGUCCUGAUGUCCUGACCUGUGGUAGCAACAUGACCCUCAACACUCAGAGAGAGAAAGAGCCGCUGAGGAGACGAGGCAGCACACCGAUUCAUCCUGGCCGAUUCUCUCAGCACCCGUCUCUGACACGAGACCCUCGGCUGCCCAGUCACCCUCCUCUUGGACAGUCGGCGUCCUACCACCCUGGAGACAAGUCCCUCCACUACCGCGCCCACUGGAGUUCAGACUCGGAGGACGACUCGCAGAGCGACUCGGACUGCGUUUACAGAGUCGUGUUGCUCGGCGACCACGGUGUCGGAAAGACCAGCCUGGCAGGAAUCUUUGCUGGGAUCACGGACAAAGAUGAACAAAGUGGAGGCAGCCAUGUUGUCACUGAGAAGACAACAUAUGAGCGGGCACUGACUGUAGACGGAGAAGAAACCACGUUGAUUGUCAUGGACACCUGGGAGAAUGACAAACUGGAGGGAGAGGAGAACAGGUCCUCUCAGGACGACUGUUUGAAAGUGGGAAGUGCUUAUGUCAUCGUCUACUCCGUCACUGACCGCUCCACCUUUGAGUCCGCUGCUGAACUCCGCAUCACACUGCGACGCAUCCGUCAGGCCGAGAACAUUCCCAUCAUUCUUGUGGGCAACAAGAGCGACCUGGUCCGGUCCAGAGAAGUCGCUAUAGAAGAGGGCCGAGCAUGCGCGGUGGUGUUUGACUGUAAGUUCAUUGAAACAUCUGCGUCUCUGCAACACAAUGUGACAGAGCUCUUUGAAGGCAUGGUCCGACAGAUCCGCCUCCGUCAGGACGGCAGUGAGGCUGUUCUGCGGCGACGCUCCACCUACAAACGCAAAGAGAGCCUUACCCAGAAGGCUCGGCGAUUCCUGGACCGACUGGUGGCACGCAAGAACCAGCGCAUGGCGGUCAAGGUGCGAUCCAAGAGCUGUCACGACUUGGCCGUCCUCUGAAGACAUCCAAUUGGACUUGUUUGUCCUGGACUUUGGUGUUUGGAGUCACUGGUUGUGAUAUCAUGGACUUGGUGAUGUCGUAGACAUUUUUUUAGUGUCACGGCUCGAUGCUAACUUAGAGUUUAAUGUGUCUGAUUUGGUUUGAAUUGAUACCUGGUAGUAGAGAGAAGACUGAGCAACGAUGCAACCUAACAAUCAGUAACGGAUAGAGUCGGCACAUAUUAACAUUCUCACUGUGAUUAGAGCCACAGAUAUUCCUGUUUGACCAUUUGGUCUAAACAUUUUUCUAAUGUUUUCCUCCAGGUGACAUCAAGAAAAAAGACAACCAUGCAGGAUUGUCACUGUAUGGUUCAUGAUUAGAUGAGUGCUUGUUUGAUUCUCCUUGAUGGAAUUUAUUGCCCUUUAGCGAUUCUCUCCUGACGUUUUUACUGUUUGAAUAAAGUCUUAAAGAAAAA